CCGAAGAUAGCAGUAAGAAACGAACUAGUACAUCUACUGAAGAGUCAUCUAGUAAGAAAAAGAAGACAUCUGAUAAGAAAGGCGAUUCCGCUAUAUUGAAAAAGCUUGUUAAGGUACUAAAGGAUGAUAGUAUCAAUCAAGAAUUGUCAUUCCCCACCCAGUCACUCGAAGAUAGUUAUACUCAUCUCUAUAAAGAAAUCGUUAAAGCUGAAACUCAAAAUGAUUCUGCUUGUCAAAGGGUUUUAUUUUGUUAUUUCCAAUUUGGAAAGAAGAUAUAUGAACGCCUGGACUAUUAUAAGAAUAAAAAAAAGUAUCAUGAUUGCAUGGCCCAGAGUAAGGUAGAUAAAGAAAUUAAGGAGCAGUUGCCUAAGGG